CCGCCAGCCCCGCGCCUCCACGCAGGUGCCCGGCCCCGCCACCGUCCGGACUGGCCCUCGGCCUCGAGGUGUCAGUGCCACUUCGGGACUGCAGGACUGCGGCAGGAACGGAUUUACUGUUUUCCAGGUGUACUUCCUGAAGAAAGAUGAUUUGUCUAAAACUCACUGUGGCUCUGUUACUCGGGGAGUUGAUCUAUGUGGUAACUGCAUCUAAAGUGAUAUACCCAGUCACUCCCGGGAGAUUCAAGUUGUUGUGCAGGCCAUCCGACACAAGCCAUGAUUUCCGUUUGCCUGCUGGAAUCUCGGAGAACAGUUCAAACUGGAAUGGACAUUAUGAGGAAAUGGUUGAAACCAAAUUUAAUACAAGUGGUACCUACUUUUCUAACAAGUCAUCAGAAACAGCUUUCCAUUGUUGCUUUGGAAAUGAGGAAGAUAAAAAUUGCUCAGUGCAUGCAGACAAUGAUGAAGGGAAGACAUUUGUUUCAACAACAGAUCCUCUAGUUUUUCAACAAAUAGGUGCAAACUGGAACAUACAGUGCUGGAUGAAAGAGGACUUGAAAUUAUUCAUCUGUUCUAUGGAUCCAUUAUUUAAGAAUCCUUUCAAGAAGCAUGACCUUGAAGCCCAUCUUUUAUAUGAUCUGUCGGAAGUGCGAGAAGAGGUCCCGCUCAGCUUCCAGAAAGGCAGUUUUCAGGAAGUCCAGUGCAGGGUCAGCAGCCAGGAAGGUUGUGACUGCCGCAUCCCUGUGCCAACAGCCAAGCUCAGCGACACUCUUCUUAUGUAUUUGAAAAUCAAGUCUGGCGGGGUAACUUUUCAGUCACCGCUAAUGUCAGUUCAGCCCCUAACAGUCGUGAAGCCCGAUCCUCCAGUGGGUUUGCAUAUGGAAUUUGCCAACUCUGGCAAUUUAAGGAUUUCUUGGUCCAACUCAACAUCGGUACCAUUUCAACUUCAGUACCAAGUGAAAUACUCAGAGAACUCUACAGCAAGUCUAAGAAAAGCUCACGAAAGUGUCUCAGCUACAUCUUUGCUGGUGGACCACGUGCUCCCUGGGUCUUCAUAUGAGGUGCAGGUGAGGGGCAAGAGGCUGGACGGCCCAGGGGUGUGGAGUGAGUGGAGUACCCCGCUUACCUUUACCACACCAGAUGUCCUCUACUUUCCACCUAAAAUUCUGACAAGUGUUGGUUCUAAUGUCUCUUUUCACUGCAUCUAUAAAAAUGAGGACAAGAUUGUUUCCUCAAAAGAGAUUGUUUGGUGGCUAAAUUUAGCUGAGAAAAUUCCUCAAAGCCAGUAUCAUGUGGUCAAUGACCAUGUGAGCGAAGUAACUUUUCCCAAUGUAAAUGCAACCAAGCCUCGAGGGAAAUUUACCUACGAUGCUGUGUACUGUUGCAAUGAGCAAGAAUGCCAUCAUCGCUAUGCUGAAUUAUAUGUUAUUGAUGUUAAUAUCAAUAUAUCAUGUGAAACUGAUGGAUACUUAACUAAAAUGACUUGUAGAUGGUCAACCAAUGCAAUGCAAUCACUCGUGGGAAGUACUUUACAGCUGAGGUAUCAUAGGAGGAGCCUUUACUGUCCUGAUGUACCAUCUAUUCACCCCAAGUCUGAAGCCAAAGAUUGCCUUUUGCAGAGAGAUGGUGUUUAUGAAUGCGUAUUUCAGCCAAUCUUUCUACUCUCUGGUUAUACAAUGUGGAUUAGGAUCAAUCACUCUUUAGGUUCACUUGAUUCUCCACCAACGUGUGUCAUUCCUAAUUCUGUGGUGAAACCACUGCCCCCAUCUAGAGUGAAAGCAGAAAUUACUGUCAACACUGGACUUUUGAAAAUAUCUUGGGAAAAGCCAGUCUUUCCAGAGAAUAGUCUGCAGUUUCAGAUUCGCUACAGAUUAAAUGAAAAAGAAGUACAAUGGAAGAUGCAUGAGGUGUAUGAUGCCAAGUCCAGGUCAGCCAGCCUGCCCGUGACCGACCUGUGUGCAGUCUAUGCUGUUCAGGUUCGCUGUAAGAGGCUGGACGGACUCGGCUAUUGGAGCAACUGGAGUGCUCCAGCCUACACAGUUGUCACGGAUAUAAAAGUUCCUACCAGAGGCCCCGAAUUUUGGAGAAUGAUUGAUGAAGCUACAACUAAAGAAGAGAGAAAUGUCACUUUACUUUGGAAGCCUCUCACGAAAAAUGACUCGUUGUGCCGUGUGAGCAGCUAUGUGGUCAAGCACCACACCUCUGACAACAGAACAUGGGCAGAAGAUGUGGGAAAUGACACGAAAUUCACCUUCUUGUGGACCGAGCAAGAACACACGGUCACAGUGCUAGCUGUCAAUUCUAUUGGCAUUUCUUUGGCAAAUUCUAAUGCGACCUUCUCAUGGCCUGUGAGCAAAGUAAAUAUCGUGCGGUCACUCAGUGCUUAUCCUUUAAAUAGCAGUUGUGUGAUUCUAUCCUGGGUGCUUUCACCCAGUGAAUACAAUCUCAUGUAUUUUAUUAUUGAGUGGAAAAUGCUUAAUGAAGACAAUGAAAUGAAAUGGCUUAGAAUUCCUUCAUCUGCUAAGAAGUACUAUAUCCAUGAUCAUUUUAUUCCCAUUGAGAAGUACCAGUUCAGUCUUUACCCAGUAUUUAUGGAAGGAGUGGGGAAACCAAAGAUAACUGAUAGUUUUGCCCAAGAUGACAUUGAAAAACAGAAUGAUGCAGGUCUAUAUAUAAUUGUGCCAAUAAUUAUUUCCUCUUCAGUCUUACUGCUUGGAACAUUACUAAUAUCCCAUCAAAGAAUGAAAAAGCUGUUUUGGGAGGAUGUUCCAAAUCCCAAGAAUUGUUCCUGGGCACAAGGAAUUAAUUUUCAGAAGCCAGAAACGUUUGAGCAUCUUUUUAUCAAGCAUACAAAGUCAGGGACAUUUGAGCCUCUUCUUUUGGAGCCUGAAGUCAUUUCAGAGGAUAUCCACAUCGAUACCUCGUGGAAAUAUAAAGAAGAGAUGGCACCCUCAGCUAUGAUCCCUCAAUUUUUGACAACUCCGGAUCUUGAAAAUGGCUCUGUGUGUAUUAGUAACCCAGGUAUCAGGGCUAACUUUUCUGAGGCCGAGGGUUCCGACAUAAACAGCGAGGAAGAAAAUAGGAGAUCGCCCUCUGUUAAGUAUGCCACGCUCAUCAGCAGCUACAAGCUGGGUGAUGCUGAUGAAGAACAGGGACUUAUCAAUAGCUCAGUCAGCACUUACUUCUCUAGCAGAACCUCCCUGUCCGAGGACUGUUUCUCUAGUUGCUCCUGGGAGAUUGAAACGCAGGGAUUUUUCAUAGUGUCAGAUCAGCAAGCCAGUAUCAUUUCACCUCACCUGACCUUCUCAGAAGGACUGAAUAAACUUCUGAAACUUGAGGGGACUUUCCUGGAAGAAAAGUAUAAUGAAAGAUCCAUCUAUUACUUAGGGGUCACUUCCAUCAAAAGGAGAGAGAAUGGCGUGCUUUUAACCAAAGAGUCCCGGGUGCUGUACCCUUUCCCGGCCCACUAUUUGUUAACUAACAUCAGACUUCUCCAAGACAGCUGCUCCCACCUUGUAGAUAAUAACUGCCACUUAGGAACUUCCAGCCCGAAGACAUAUGUUCCUUACUUGCCUCAGUUUCAGACUUGUUCCACCCAGACUCAGAAGAUCGUGGACAACAAUAUGUGUGACCUGACAGUCUAACUUCAUCGAGGAACUCUUUCAGCUUUAGGUUAGCGUAAGUCAUGUGAAGUGUAAUUUUUGCCACUGUUGUCAGGGAGAGUAAAGAAAGGAUACUGAUCACGUGUAGUGAUUCUAUUCACAAGUCGCUGUGAGAAAGGUCUCCAAUGCCUCCUGCUUCUUUUAUUUCAGCUGGAAGUCUGUCCAUCAAUCAUUAUCUCUGUGCGAACAUUCAACCUGUUGUAGAAAGUAGACUUAGGUCUAGAAGAAGACCUCGUGAGAUGUAACUGUGGUUCCAAGGAUGUGGCUAUUUUACCUGAAACACUAAUUCUCUCUCUGUGUGUACCUGUCUGUCUGUCUGUCUGUCUGUCUGUCUCUCUCUCUCUUACACACACAUACAACUAGCAUCCUUGUACAUUUUCAAAGUCUGUGAUGUAUUUGUAUUUGUGCUACUAGACCUACUGGAUUUGGAGAUUUCUCAGUGUAGCCACUUUGCCGUGAGCACCUACUCCCUGUCAGAAGAGUCUCUGCAUGUCACAGAGAGAAGCAGCGAUGGAGAGAAGCCUGGUCCAGGUGGUGGAUCCUGAUCAAUUCUAAGAUACUUGAUUUGAAUGAAACCACCUGCUAGAAUGGCAGUACCUACCAUGAGUACUCUGGAGACAACACUGAUACUUGAGAAAGCACAGUGUCUUUCUGGAUUCUUCUAUAUGAAUGGCGUUGAAAUGGUCACUUUCUGAGAGUUUACCAAGUGCCCUAUGUGUGCCCUCAAAUUCCCAUUUGCGCAUACACCAUUUUAUCGCUAUUGUUUUAAGUAUUCUCUCUCUAAAUCACUGUGCUAAUACUUUCAAUUAACUACUCAAAUGAUUGUAUGACACCUGUAUCAUUUUACCCCUUUUCAAUAUUAGGAGAGUAAGUUAUAUGCCCAAAGUCACUGAGUCAAUAAGUCGGUGAUGGCGCCAGAAUACAAAUUUGAGCCAAGAUGAUCUUACUUUCAGUGAUAGUGAAAUGAUCUUACUUUCAGUGAUAAGCUUAUGUUGCCACCCAUUGAAACACACAAAACAACAGCUGGUUGGCCUGGGGAGAUAGAUCAAAGCUGGUGCACAUGCUUUUUUUCUGUAGGAAACUUGGGAUUAAAUCCUGGCACUGCGUAGUCUCAAAGCAUUAGCUCACUGAAUAGCUUGUGUAGUAUGAAAGCUUUAGUUCUGUGCCAAGAGAAGUAGAGGGAAAAAAGGUUUUUCCACAGAUACUCAAGUAAAUAACUACAGGCCUAGAAACAAACUGUCACUUGCUUGGAAUCUUUGACAAAAUGGACCAUUCUUUUUAUUACUGCUCCUAGAAUACAGACAUAGAGUUCAGGGUACAGUAUAGAAAAGUUAGGAAAUUGAACGUGCAUCCACUCUGCAUAAAUAGAGAUUGAAUACUGAGUAUGCUCACUGAGAAUGAAUAUUGUUCUUGCUCCGGAACCCAGAACAACAGGAAAAAUGAUACAGAUUUUUCCACCGACCCUAAGGUUUAAGUUUGCUCUGAAUGGGCUUCGGUGAAUGUGCAAGUGUCAGAUCACCGUCGGAGCUGAUGUUUGCCUGAAAGCAUUUUGAGACACCCCAUUAACAUGAGAUCAUGCAUAGCAUACCUGCCUGGUGUAGCUUCCCCAAACAAGCAAAGCCAUUUCAGAGAUACUGAAAUUUUGCAGGACUUUAUUUCAUAGAGAGGAUUGAAGAGACACCAUGAGGACAUCGGGAUAUAGAGACAUUUAGGAUCUAUUUCUUUGCAUAUAUAUGUGCAUAUAUGUGCAUAUACACUUUUAUUGAAAUAAAUUUACUUAGAGGAAUGAGAGAAAAAGAGGAAUAUAUAAUCAGAACAUGGCCUUCUCCAGGGUGGAAGAAAAAGUGUUAAGAUCUAUUUCAUUUUAGUGUCCUAGAACUCUUGAUUUUUCACUCUAAAAGUUCAUCUCACUUUAUAUAUCACAAAAUAUUACUGGGGUCCUUCUGUGAAAAGUGUUUUUCAUUAGCUAGGAUAUUUUCAUUAAAAUGUUAUUCUUCAGAACAAAUACUCUGUUUUCGGCAAGAAUUUCAGUAAAUAAAGAAAAAUAAGAGGGAGGAGCUGUCAUGAGUUUAGAUUUUCUAAACUUAGGGCAAAUCUGGAAUUUUAAAUAUUUUAUUUAAAAACUUUAUGUGUGGGGCUGGAGUGAUAGCACAGCGGGUAGGGCGUUUGCCUUGCACGCGGCCGACCCGGGUUCAAAUCCCAGCAUUCCAUAUGGUCCCCUGAGCACCCCCAGGGGUAAUUCCUGAGUGCAUGAGCCAGGAAUGACCCCUGUGCAUUGCCAGAUGUGACCCAAAAAGCAAAAAAAUAAAAACUUUAUGUGUAACACAAGUUACUAAUUUUUGUAAAUCUGAAUUCACAAAAGGAUUUUUAAAACUUAUCAUUUGAUUUAUGACCCCAAGUUUCAACAAACUUCUUGAAAAGAAGUUCUGUGUCUGGGCUGAUCAGCACAGGAGUUUCCUGAUGUACAAGCUGAGCGAAAGUCUCUGUCUGUGGGUCAGGGUCUUCCCGUGAGAACUUUUGUCCCUAAGAGAGAUAUUCACACGGGAAAUCUGAACAGAUAUUCUUUCAUUCUUCAACUCAGAUGGUAGAAUGAACUUGUACUUGGAUGAGAUUCCCAAAUCAGUGGGUGAUCCUGGACCUAGAAUAAGGUUUUAGUACAUUCUUCCACUUUUUCUCAUCUUUUUCCAAAAAGACCAUCCCCUCUCUCCAAAUCUCAAACAUAUGCUGACAUUCUCCUGGGAACAGCCAUCGUAACGACUUGAAAGUUGAUGGAAGAAAUACUGGAUUCAUAAAUUGAUAGCAGAUUCCAAAGUGUCUCUUGUUGGGCACCAUGCCCAGAUCUGGAGCUGAGCUUAUGGGAGCAAGUGUGGCCUUCAAGGGGGUGUUGCCUGAACAGGACACAGGGUGUGUCCUUUCUCACCCAGACAUGGAGAACAAAACCUCCCCAAAUUACUUCUGUAGUUUAAAAAAAAAAAUGUUUUCUGCUUCUUCUCUUUCAAGGGUCAUCAUUUUUUGGGGGGGGAGGGGGUUACACUCGGCGAUGCUCAAGGGUUAUUCCUGGUUCUGCACUCAGGAACUACUCCUGAUGGUGCUCGGGGGACCCUAUGGGAAGGUGGGAAUCGAACCCGGGUCGGCCUCGUGCAAGGCAAACGUCUUACCCUCUGUGCUAUUGCUCCAGUCCCUCAAGGGUCAUCUUUAGAUGAACUUUCAACCAACUCUUUGUUGUCAUCAUGGUUGAGAAAACACAUUAUCAGAGUUUAAAACAAAAUGUGUCUUUUUCAUUACUAUUUUUCAUAGAAUCACAUUUUCAUUCCUCUAUAUUACGAUAAAAGUCAAGGGAUUAGCUCCACUCCCAUCAGCAAAGUUCCUUCACCUUAAAAAACCCCUGCUCAACCCUCCCACCCGUUCUUUCUGGGAACGACCAUUGUUUUCACCAAGUCUAGGAAUUAUUUUUGUAGUAAAAUGCAAAAUUUGAAACACUCACUCAUCUGUGAUUAAAAGAAGCUGCUCUUAAGGAAAACAGCCAAGCAUAGAUUUCAAAUAAAGUGAAGAAAUCUUUAGAAAAGGAAGCAAAUUGAGCUCUUUUGAACGAACUAGCUUAAAACAGCCCCCUGUAUUUAUCAUGGUAUAGGGGGCACAACCUAGAUAACAAACAACUCUGUUACAACUGAGAUGUGUUUACCGUAUUUGGCUGAGCAGCAAGAAAUGGUUUCCAUGAGUUUUUAUAUUGAAUGAAUUAUUUUUGUAACAAAGUUUAUCAGUCCUAUUUAUUUUGGAAAUCUGAAGAUGUCUAUUUUUCAAAAUUAUGCUUAAGCUGUAUUCACAUUAAAUUUAAUUUUGUAAGGAUCUCUAACAGGAUAUUUUAAGUAUAGCAUGUUAUUUGAAAAUCUUGGAACUGAGCGAAUUUGGAAGAUAUUUAAUUUGAUAGUAAAAAUCCUCUAUUAUUGAUAUUAUGCUUUUAAAAACUGUGUCAUUAGUUAUUUGGUAUGUCAUUCACAUUCUCUUAAUCACAACUGAUAUAUUAAUAUGUAUUAGAAAAAAAUGCUGAUAGGCUCCAGUAAUUGUGCUAUAAAAUUCGAUUAUUCUAAUUCUUUAUCCUUUAAGUCAUAAAAAGUGAUAUAACAACCUGACUGAAUAUUGUCCAUUUUUAUUUAUUGUGGAUUGUGUGCAAUGUCAGAAUUUUGAGAAAUGGAAAGCUCAACUAGAAUAAA